AAUUCCCAACAUGUCGAAUUACGCAACCGUUCAUACAUACCAUGGCAAAACUGACAGUCACAUCGCAGAUCCCAUACGCUACAGGCUCCGAAAAUGUCACCACCCACAACAGCCCUAGCCAUAGCGGCCCGAGCCGCCACCAGCACGGCUACCGCUCUCACCCCCGCCUCCACAUGCGACCGCGAAGCCAUGGUCGACCUCUCCCAAAUGGAAGGUCUUCCCCAAAAGCGGGCAUGACAGCCUGCUGCGGCUUGAAACCCGACAACGCGGUGCACAUGGCCGGUCCCGACGGGUGCGCGUUGUGGUGUCUGAUUCCGGACGAGUUCCUUUUUGAGCAGACCAAAAAUGAGGAUGGUACGACGAAGAAUGGGAAGAGGAGGGAUGGGACGGUGGCUGCGUCUGCGAUGGAGCAGUGCGUCGAGGACAAGGGCAACGUGACGGGGCCGUACAUUACGAUUUGGCAGGUUAAGGAGGGGGCGGCGGCGGCGGCGGCGACAGCGUGGUCGGGGAAGAUGUCGCUGAAGACGGUGGUGGGGACGGUGGCUUGGGGGCUGGUGGUUGUUGGGUUGCUUGCUUGAGGUUGAGUUCUGUUACGGUAUUUGCAUGUAUUCGGAAUUUCUCAGGACCGAGGCCUGUCUGUCAGUCGGUUUGGUUGAGUGUUUUUAAGAGAAUACCUACCCUUUUUUUUUUUUAACACUGGCUUCCUUCCCUUCGUAGCCUUGGGCUCCUUCCUGUUGGCCAU